AUGUCUGGUAUCUUCCGCACGAUCAGAGCAAAGCUCUCCACCCCCGCGAAGAAGAACGAAGAUGGACGCGAUCAAUGGCCCUCCAGGACUGCUUUCUUGUUGGCCUCUGUGGGAGGAGCCAUUGGCCAAGGCAACAUCAUCCGUUUCCCUUCGCAGGUCUUUAACAACAUCGGCCUGCAAUGGUUCCUUCCAUACCUGAUUGCCAUCUUCCUUCUCGCAAUUCCGGCUCUCAUACUGGAAGUCUCGAUUGGCCAGGCCUACCGAGGCGGUGCGGUCGCCGCGUACAACAACACGCACCACCGCAUGAGAGGCACGGGACUGGCUGCUAUGUUCGUGAGCUCCGUGGUCGUCGUAUACUUCGCAAUCAUCUUGGUCUGGAUCAUGACCUACUUCCGGCAUUCGUUCACCAGCCCUCUCCCAUGGACGGACAACAUCAACGACUUCUACAACAACCAAGUCCUCCGUCAGGCUGAUCCGAUCCCGGGGACGUUCUCCAACGGAGACCCGAGCGGUUCAGUCACGUCAUUCACAUCGUACCCUGACUUGGGCAUGGUCGCGGAGACGGUUGGCUGGUCUGCCUUCACCUGGUUCUGCGUCUGGCUUUGCAUGUUCAACGGAGUCGGCCAAAGCGGUCGCGCAGCGUAUGUGACCAUGGGCCUACCCAUCGUCAUGACGAUCAUCUUGCUAGGUCGCUGCUGUUCCCUCGAAAACGCCGGAAGAGGAAUCAAAAUGUACUUCGCUGAGUGGCACAGCGAAAAGCUCGCCGACGGUCAGAUUUGGCAGACGGCCUGCGGCCAAGUCUUCUUUUCGACGGGAGCUGGAUUUGGAUACUACAUCGCAUACGCCUCUUACAAUACGAAGUGGGCAAAUGCAGUUCAAGAUGCGGUCAUUCUGGUAUGCAGCAAUUGUACUUUCGAGACGAUUGCGGCCUUCGCCGUCUUUGGCGUUGUUGGAUAUUUGGACAUUAACCCCGCGAAUACGCCACGGCUUGGUGCCUUCGAGAUUGGUUUCCUCACCUAUCCGGCAGCUAUUGUGGCGAUGCCAGGCGCGAAUUUCUGGGCGGUGUUCUUCUUCCUGACCCUGAUGCUGCUCGGUAUCAGCUCGACUUUCCCUAUGCUGGACGUCAUCGUAACAGGAAUAAUGGACAAGACGGGAACUCGGAUUCCCAGGCCAGUGGUGGCCACGACCGCGGUCGUCGUAGCCUUCUUGAUCUCCCUCAUGUACUGCACGAGAUUCGGAUACUAUCUCCUGGACGGCGUCGACCGGUGGAUCAACAAUCUUGCCUUGGUGUUCGUCGUCUGGUCCGAGCUGUCAUUGUCCACCACUAUCUACCGUUGGCGCGAUGUCUACGGCCAAGUAGGCGUCCCUGCGUAUGCUCUCUGGAACGCCGGAUACUUCCUGGGCCAGAUACUUGGUGUUACCGUUGGCCAUGUCGUCAGCCCUGCAGCGGGCGCAGGGGCCGGGUUCGGAGCCUUCUUCGCUUUUACAAUUCCUGCCAUGCUCAUUGGGCGGACCCCGGACGCUGAAGCCCCAGGGUUCUUUGACAGGAGCGGGCUCACAAGGAAGCUGUACUUUUUGGCAUUCUACUCCGGCAACCAACUCCGCCGAGAUCUCAACGUAAUUGUCGGCACCGGCAAUAACUGGAACAUCCCUGUUUUCUGGGCUCCCAUGAUCCGCUACAUCUCGUCUCCCAUUCUAUUUAUCGUCUACAGCUUCGCUUACCCCGAGUUCUGGACGCUCCGCAACGAUCCGGUCUAUGUGUUCGGAUUCAUUCUUGCCCACUUCUGCCUUGUUGCUGUGGUGCUCAGCUUGAUGACACCGAGGUUCUUCGACGUCUUCGUGCCGAACCACCGUUUGGAUGAAGGUAUCAAAACUUACGCACCAAACGUCACGGAGGGGAUUAUGGAGGCAGAGCAUGCUGAUAGGGCGGAAAGUGGAGAGGUCGAGGUGAGCUCGCAGGAGGAGGGGGAGAAGAAAGGGGUUCGGGCUUGA